AACUUAUUCAUUAUUCUGCAAUCUUUACUUCUGCUCCUGUCUACACCUACUUUGUUGAUAUCUCGGCUGUGCCUCAGGGAGAUCGAGUCCGAAAGUCUUCGUCUCUGUGCUCGCACUCUUCCACCGGAACCAGGAUUCCUCCCUCUCCAUCUUGAGUAUGGCAACAUAGAAAGCCACCUCCAACCUCUGCGCCACACACUUUCUCCUCUCUCUGAUUAUCGUCCUGUCCGCUAUUCAACAUGCGAGGCUCUCAUCUUCUACCCAAACAACUUCGCUCGCUGGGAAAAAGCGAUAGCUGGCUGAACCGGACUGUUACUUCCAAUCUCCUCGCGACCUCGCAUGUGGCUUGCCAGCAUCCUAUUCAUACCAUUGUUGCGAUCGCCCUGUUGGCCAGUACCUCCUAUAUCGGGCUGUUGCAAGAGAGUCUGUUUGACAGUGGUAUAAAAUCCCUUCAACACAACGGCCGGGUAGACGUCGAGGCACUUCUCAAAGGAAGCAGGACACUGGAACUAUCGCAGAAUACGGCAUGGAAGUGGCAGUUCUCCGACGACUCUGGUGUCCCAGAGGUAUCACUUGGUCCCAACCACUACGCCCUUACAACUUUUGUCUUCCCAGACUCCUCGUCUGCUCCUGACGCUCAGUCUAUUCCUAUCCCCGUCAAUGUCACAGCCACGAAUGUUCCGACCACCUCGAACCUCCUUUCUCCGAUAUCGCACGACACUUCCCUCGCAUUCUACACCACCUUUUCCGAAUUACCCGACUUUCUCAGGGCUGCUCAAGAAUUACCAGCACAGAAUGUACCAUCAGAGACGGACGAACAAGCGUCAUGGACUAUGAAAGCUGCUCGCGUGGGCAAUGGCCAGGCGACCUACGCAACCUGGUUUCGGGAAGGCUGGACAUCGUUCGUGGAUCUGAUCAAACAUGCUGAGACGCUGGACAUUAUCAUCAUGGCGCUGGGCUACCUUUCCAUGCAUUUGACCUUCAUCUCACUCUUUUUAUCCAUGAAAAGACUAGGGUCCAACGCAUGGUUGGCUGUUUCGGUGCUGUUUUCUAGCUUGUUCGCUUUUCUGUUUGGCUUGGUUACGACCACCAAACUUGGUGUACCGAUCAACAUGGUACUGCUGUCCGAAGGACUGCCCUUCCUUGUUGUGACAGUGGGAUUCGAAAAGUCUAUAAUACUUACGAAAGCUGUUCUAUCGGCCUCUUAUGACACAAAACGACGACCGACUGCCAAUGGCUCUGCCAAUGGAAACGUUGUUGGUCCCGUCGUUGCGCCAAACGCCCCCAACUCAAUCCAGGAUGCAAUUCAAAUCGCCAUCAAGGAAACCGGCUUUGAAAUUGUGCGAGAUUACGCAGUUGAGAUUGCUAUUCUCAUUGCUGGUGCUGCAUCUGGCGUGCAAGGUGGUCUACGACAGUUCUGCUUCUUAGCUGCUUGGAUUCUCUUCUAUGACUGUGUCCUCCUUUUCACUUGGUACACUACUAUUCUGUGCAUCAAACUGGAAAUCAACCGAAUCAAGCGUCAUGUUGCGCUCCGCAAAACUCUCGAGGAAGAUGGCAUCAAUCACCGAGUAGCCGAAAAUGUAGCCUCUAACAGCGACUGGCCUAAUGGACCAUCGGGUCAGACGGGCUUCAAUAUCUUCGGCCAAAAGAUCAGAGCCAGCAGUGUACCGAAGUUCAAGAUCUGGAUGGUUGGUGGUUUCGUGAUCAUCAAUAUCGUAAAUCUCUGCACCAUUCCAUUCCGAACCUCGACUACCAUCAACGCACCAGGAGCUGCAAUGCCAAGCGUUCUUACACCUGCGCCUAUUGAUCCGUUCAAAGUGGCCGAGAACGGCUUGGAUUCAAUCUACGUCUCGGCAAAGAGCAGAAAACUUGAUACCUUUGUGACAGUCAUACCCCCAAUCAAAUACGAAAUCGACUAUCCCUCUGCACAGCAAGAUGCACAAGACGUUCUUGGCUGGUUUGAUCAAGAAUAUACCGAUCAGUUCUUGAACGUGGUGGGUGGUCGCGUCAUUGAGGGUGUCCUCAAGAGCUUAGAAGAUCCGGUCUUGAGCAAAUGGGUGCUGAUUGCUUUAACGCUCAGCUUGAUACUCAAUGGCUACUUGUUCAAUGCUGCACGUUGGAGUCUUAAAGAGCCUCAGUCAUCAACAAGUUCGCCCGCCGGGCCGCAAGUGCCGAAACUUGAAUUACCCCAAACUCCUAAACCCAAGCCGCUCAACAUUGACCUGCAAGCAGCCUCUGGCCGCUCGAAAGAGGAGUGCGAGCAAAUGUUGAAAGACAAGAAGGCCGCAUACCUUACCGACGAGGAAUUAAUUGACUUAUCCUUGAAGGGCAAAAUCCCCGGUUAUGCCAUCGAGAAGACGCUGGAAGCUCCCGAACUUAUGACUCGUUUGGACUCGUUCGUCCGGGCUGUCAAAGUGCGAAGGGCUGUAGUCUCGCGAACAUCAGGUCCGAAAUUUGCAGCUGGACUAGAAGUGUCAAAAUCACCCUACAGAGAUUACAACUACGAACUUGUCCAUGGUGCCUGCUGCGAGAACGUUAUCGGAUAUCUCCCUCUUCCACUUGGUGUUGCUGGGCCCAUCAUCAUUGAUGGUCAGAGCUAUUUCUUACCUAUGGCCACAACUGAAGGUGUGCUUGUUGCGUCCACAAGUCGUGGCUGCAAAGCCAUCAAUGCUGGAGGUGGCGCUUCGACCAUCGUCACUGGUGAUGGUAUGACCCGAGGACCUUGCAUGAGUUUUCCAACCGUCUCAAGAACUGGAGAAGCUAAAAUCUGGUUGGAUUCAGAAGAAGGUCAACGGACAAUGCGGGAAGCAUUCAACUCAACUAGUCGAUUUGCUCGUCUGCAGUCGAUGAAGUCGGCAAUUGCAGGUACGAACUUGUUCGUCAGGUUCAAAACAACAACGGGCGAUGCUAUGGGUAUGAACAUGAUUUCGAAAGGUGUCGAAAAGGCUUUGUCUGUCAUGUCGACCGAAUGUGGUUUUGAAGACAUGACCAUUGUUUCAUUGUCUGGAAAUUAUUGUAUCGACAAGAAAGCAUCCGCCAUCAACUGGAUCGAUGGACGAGGUAAGGCAGUCGUUGCUGAAGCCAUCAUCCCAGGCGAUGUGGUAAGGAAUGUUCUCAAGAGCAACGUCGAUGAUCUUGUCGAGCUCAAUGUGUCCAAGAACUUGAUUGGCAGCGCCAUGGCAGGCAGUAUCGGAGGGAACAAUGCUCAUGCAGCAAACAUUGUGGCUGCGAUCUUCUUGGCCACAGGCCAAGAUCCUGCCCAAGUUGUCGAGAGCGCCAGCUGCAUGACCCUCAUGAAGAACAACAAUGGAAAUCUUCAGAUCAGUGUAUCAAUGCCCUGUCUCGAAGUUGGGACAAUUGGUGGAGGCACCAUCCUGGAAGCUCAAUCAUCGAUGCUCGAUCUGCUUGGAGUUCGUGGCGCUCACCAAACCACACCCGGUGAUAAUGCUCGACAGCUCGCGAGAAUCAUCGCCGCAGCUGUCCUCGCAGGUGAACUCAGCUUGUGUGCUGCUCUGCGUGCAGGACACCUGGUGAAGGCUCAUAUGGCGCAUAACAGGAGUGCCGCUCCUACCAGGACGAGCACACCUGUCUCAGCAGCCGUGGAGCCCUUCCUCAAAGCCCAAAAUGGGCCGAAUGUUCCUGCCUCUCUGCGGAUGACAAAUGGGAAUGGCAGAUGACAACGUUGAUGUUUUAAAAGUGUAUAUACAGCCGGGAGUCAUUUGUACAUACGGGAAUGGUCAGGCUUUUAGCAUUGGUGUUGGUACUUUCUGCAUGGGACGGAGUCUCGAGAGUGAGUCCGACUACUGUCCGAUAGCGACGCUCCGGGAAUGACCACAGCUGCAUCUAUUGUCCCUGCCGGAAACCAAUUGGAAGGCGUGCGCACGAAGGAAUGUGGAAUUCUUAAGAGCCAGGUCCUUGAGUUCCAUGGCCAGGAAAAACAAGAAUAGUCAUAUUGAUAUGGUGAUAUCCCUAGUACAGAGUAUGUGAUGGAAUAUUAAUACUCGCCUGGGUUGUGUGAAACAUAUGAGGUGCAGAUACUUGUAUACGGAUAUAAUAUCGCAC